AUGCAGUCUGCUGCUGAGAUAGUUGAUGACAGUGUUACUGAGUCACCUAAUGGGCCUACCACUGAGCCUUUGGACGAGCAACUUCAAGAAGCACAGCCAGAUGCUUCAGUUGAUGGCCCAAUAGAAAAUGGGCGUGAAAUAGACUGCGAAGUUGCCCUGCAAGAACCUGAAAGCGAUGAGCAUAUGCGAGGGGAUUGCUUCCGCAUCCAAGUAUCCGCGAAGCAUUUGACUCUGGCCUCACCCAUCUUUAAGGAAAUACUUAGUGGACGUUGGAAAGAAGGCCUUCGCAUGCUUAAGAAAGGCCCAAAACCUACCCCGAGAAAUAUGCCUGGAGUUGCUUGCCAAGAUUGCCGUUUUAGCAGACUGUUACCAAUGCCAGACACUGGUGCGAUUCUUCGCCGAAAUAUGGAUCGGCCAUCUAAGAAGAAAAAUAUUUCCCACAAUAUAUUCCCGUGA